GUGAUUUCAUCAGGAACUGCUGGCGUUCAGGACAAAGAGAGAAGGCACUUCCUAUUUGUUGUAUAUGUCAACGUAUCUUGUUUCGGUACAAGAUCAGCAGAGAUGUCGGUAAGCGAGGAGAUGGAAAACGCAGACCUGCUCGGUCUGAUCUUCCCGGACGGUGAACCGGGAUCCGGCGAUCUGUUCCUUAAAGAGGGGAAUAACUUCCUGGAUGAAUUUUUUUCAGAGCAAGAUAUGCUGAGUGGAAUGGACACAGAGGACUUUCUCAGCAGUCUCCUGGGUGAGGAGGAUGACGGUCUGAUGGUCAACUGCAUGUCUCAGUCUCCCCAUGGCAGUGACAGCGGGAUCUCAGAGGACACCACUCCACCACACUGCCAGAGUCCUCAUGAUGGCAGCGAGACAGACACCGUGCCCAGUCCAGACCAGGAGCCGCUGCUGUACUCAGAGUGUGUGACGGAGAGCUACGAGGCCCAGGUGGUGCAGACUGACCACUGCUACACCCUACCACAGGACACCAAUACCCUGCUGAGUGUCCGCUCUGAAAAUCCUGAGUCAGAUGUCUUCAUCGAUGUUGAUGAUUUGGAUGCUAGUAUGGAAGAUGAUGACUUCUCUCCUGAGCUGCCAUGUUCACUUACCAUUGAGGACUCCAUGCAGAGCAGCAAACUGGACAGCCAGUUCCAGUUCAAAGAGAUUGUUUUGACUGAUGAGGAAAAGAGACUUCUGGCGAAAGAAGGUGCAACUAUUCCAUCUCACAUGCCUCUUACAAAGGCAGAGGAACGGACCCUGAAGAGAGUGAGGAGAAAGAUCCGGAACAAACAAUCUGCUCAAGAGAGUCGCAAGAAGAAGAAAGUUUAUGUUGACGGCCUAGAGAACAGGGUUGCUGUCUGCACUGCUCACAACCAGGAAUUACAAAAGAAAGUUGAGAUGUUGCACAAACAGAACAUGUCCCUGAUUGAACAGCUAAGAAAACUGCAGGCUAUGGUAAAAAUGUCCACAAUGAAAACCACCACGACUAGCACUUGUAUUAUGGUGUUUCUGCUUUCUUUCUGCCUCAUCAUUUUCCCUUCAGUCAAUCCGUUUGGCAGCAGCGAUCAGAAAGACCUGUACGCGUCAUCCACAGGAAUGUCCCGAGCCUUGCGAUCUUACCCAGCUAUUAAAAAGGACAACAUCAUAUCGACCUCCGCAAAAGAAGUAGUGGAACAGGACGUCCUGCUGGUGGCCACAGUAGAGAAUAACCAGGCACUUCUGUCGGCUGGUCAGAACCACACACCAGAUUACCAGCGGCUGGAGCAGUCCGACUCUGAGUCUGGUGUCAACAGCAACUCCUCCUCCGACUUCCCCGCUCCGGCACAGUCAGAUCUCAAAGUGGACGCCACUCUGUCCGAAUCCCACAGGAACUCUGGUGCACCACCGGUCAUCUACGAUGGCCAGAGCAAAUCCAAAGAGAGCUGGAUAGAGCAGAAACCCACCUCAGUCAUAAUACAACAACACCGAUCUGAUGAAAUGUAGUAACGUGUCUAAAACAAAACAUGCGCUUUAAAAAGUGAACUGUUGGGUCAACUUAGAAAAAAUAUACCUGGGUAAAAAAUGCUUUAAAUUAAGUUGAAAUAACUUAUUUGCCCUUUUAACUUAAUAGAUUACACUUUUCAACUUAUUUUAUAAUGAUUUAAGUUGAAUCAUUUUUUUGAUGUAACCAGUUGAUCCAUCUGUUCACUUUUUACAGUGUGCAUUGUUUUAGAUGAAAGAUCAAGUAUAGCCAUUUUUCUUCAUCGUAGCAUUGCAGUCUGACCAUUUUUUCUUUAGUUUUAUCUGCUGUCAUGCUAUAAUAGCACUUUUUGAUACCUAGUCAUUUGAUUAUUAUUGGAUAUUAUUGUCCGUUUUAUGUACACAAAUGAUGAGUCUUUUUAAAAAGGAAACGUGAAGGAGUUUUAUUCUGCAUUGCGUCCACAUUGAGAUUUAGUACAUUCUGGAAAUGUAUUCAUAUGUCUGUAUUACUAUUUUGGGGCAUCUAGCAAUUGAUUAUUUUCCCUUUUUUUAAUAAGGGAGCCAUAUGCUUACAGGAGAUUCCACUACUGCAAAAAAAAAAAAAUAAAAUAA